GAGCUGGGGCCGCCGGGCGCCUCCAGGGGCCUAGGCUCGUCGGUACGGGGACAUCAGUGACUCCUGAUCACCCACACGACUGAGAGUAUUUGUUUCAGUCCACAAAAGCAUUUUCAAGAACCUGGUCAAGUAUGGCUUUAGCAGAUCGGAGACUUGAGAACCUGCAGAUCUAUAAACUUCUUCAGUGUGUUCGGAACAAAGACAAGAAGCAGAUAGAGAAGCUCAUCAAACUUGGUUACCCUGAGCUAAUCAACUUCACAGACCCUGUUGACGGACUCAGCGCUCUGCACUUAGCCUCUGUUUCCAAUGACAUUGAUAUGGUCAGCUUUCUCCUUAGCCUUGGUGCUCACCCUGAUGUGCAAGACCGAAUGGGCUGUACUCCGACCAUGAGGGCUGCAGACCUGGGCCAUGAAUUGUCCAUGGAAAUAUUAGCCAAGGCAAAGGCAGAUAUGACUAAAGUUGAUAAUGAAGGAAAAGGUAUUUUGUUUCACUGCAUUUUACCUACUAAGAGGCAUUAUCGCUGUGCAUUGAUUGCCCUGGAACAUGGGGCAGAUGUCAACAACUCUUCCUGCGAAGGAAUCCCAGUAUUCCUUAAAGCCUGCGAAAAAGCACAUGAUGUUAAAGAAAUGUGCAUGACAUUUUUGGAAAGAGGAGCCAAUCCAAAUGCUGUCAACUCAUCCACAGGUCGCACUGCUCUAAUGGAAGCGUCAAGAGAAGGAGUGAUAGAACUAGUUCGAGGGAUAUUGGAAAGAGGAGGUGAAGUGAAUAUAUUUGAUAAUGAGAGACAUCAUGCUGCACAUUUUGCUGCCAAAGGAGGCUUUUUUGAUAUAUUGAAGCUUCUUUUUGCCUACAAUGGAGACGUGGGGCUGAUUGCAAUGAAUGGAAACACACCACUUCAUUACGCUGCCAUGGGUGGUUUUGCAGAUUGCUGUAAAUAUAUAGCUCAGCGAGGAUGUGACCUGAAGUGGAAGAAUUUAGCACAUAAAACGCCCAGGACUCUGGCUAAGGAAGGUGGCUUCAAAGCAGCAAGCAAAGAAAUAAGGCGGGCAGAGCGAAUUGCUAAUAAACUGGCCCGGCCAGGAGCCAAAAAUCCUAAUCCACUCUGGGCCCUUCGACUUCAUGAUUGGUCAAUAGAAUAUGAGACUUUCCUUCGGGGAGCUUUUUCAUAUGUGGACAGGGGUGACGGGACAGUCAGCAAGGAAGACUUUGUGAUGGUGCUGGAAGAGAGACAAGAGUUAGUCAACUCAGAACAGCUGUCUUUCAUAGCUCAUCUUCACGAACAAUUCCGGGGAGGAGGGAUCAAUAUUAAUGAUUUCUUUAAGGGAACCAGAUACUUAAACAAGUCUUAUGUCUUGGGAUCCUAUGGGCCUAAGAAAAAGAAAAGAGGGAUGGCCAAAAAGGCAAAAAAAGGCAAGUUCGUUUUACCCCUCCCAAUCUGCAUCAUUCCUGAUGAUGCAUUUCCACGCCGGAGUGAUGGUGGGCCACCGUAUUACAUGAUUGAAACCUACAAGAAUGUAACUGACUGCAGUCGGUUUAAUCGGGAUCAUCCACCAGAACAUCCCAUUCAGGAUGACUCUGCUUGGUACAUUGAUGAUUCAGAGAAAGCAUAUUCAAAUAUUAAUUUUAUCACCAAGGCAGGAGACCUAGCUUCUCUGAAAAAGGCAUUUGAAUCAGGAAUACCCGUGGAUAUGAAGGAUAAUUAUUACAAAACACCACUAAUGACUGCUUGUGCAAGUGGAAACAUAGAUGUGGUCAAGUUUCUUCUUGAAAAAGGGGCUAACAUUAAUGCAACAGAUAAUUUUCUGUGGACUCCGCUUCAUUUUGCAUGCCAUGCAGGCCAACAAGAUAUUGUUGAGCUUCUUGUUAAAUCUGGAGCCAUGAUUGAUGCAGUUUCAAUGAACAACUCAACUCCUUUAAGUAGAGCCAUUGAGAGCUGUAGACUGGAUACUGUCAAAUACCUACUUGAUAUUGGUGCUAAAUUCCAGUUGGAAAAUAGAAAAGGGCACACUGCCAUGGAUAUUGCAAAGGCAUAUGCUGACUAUAGAGUUAUUGAUUUGAUUAAAGAAAAGCUAGAUAACUUGCCAAAACCAGCAGAAAACCAAAAACUGAAAGGCAAGCCACCUCUUAGAGUGAAAACUGAAGGUACUGAAAGUAAGAAAGAAGAGGAACCACUUUCAUCAGUUUAUACUGUACCUCCCAUAUUGGAGGAAAAGAAUAUGCGUAAGGGUAAUGUGGUUCAUCUCAAUUCAUUGAUUACCAGUGGUUAUACCAAGAAAGUAGAUAUCACAUUUAUUCCACGGAGGACCUGGAGUCCUGAAGCCACAACGGCAGAGCUGAUCAGGCAGAGGGAGCUGAGGAGGGAGAGGUUCACUUAUGAGGUGGACUUUGAAGACUUCAUGAUGCCCUUUCAGAAGAACAUCACAGAGAAAGCUCGCGCAUUGGAAGCUGCUUUCAAGAACUAA